CAAGAACAUUAGGAAACAUAGGUUUGUUUGCCCUAUUUUUAUAAUUACAGGCAGCUUUAUCUGCAAGUGUGUAUCCUGCUCCCGAUAUCUAUAUGUAUAUAUAUUUAUUUAUGUUUGCCGCUACAGAUACGCUAGAGACGUGGUUCAGGAGUUAUGGGUUAUGGUCUGUUAUAUUAUGGCGAACAACGUACAGUGAGGGGAAGCGCUGCCUGAGAGGUAAACGGAGGGCAAAUUUGGCUCUAGUUAAAAAGGUCCACUCAACUUCUCAAACUAACCUGGAGUAACUAGUAAGCUACUAGUUUUCCAGACAGUAGCUUACUGGAAGAGAGUAGCACACGAGUGACAGCAGCACACCAUCCUGUGGACAGAAAUGAACUGUACUACUCCAGAGGCAAGGGGUCUUGACCCUGCUGUGCUGAGAGACCAGCUCUUCGAGCUAUGGAACCAGAAAGAUCUGAAGACGCUACAUUUGGCAGCCCUCCAGGGAUUUUCAAAGCUGUCUGGGCCUCUGGAGGCCUUACUAACAAUCCUGGAGAGCUGUCCGGGAAAACAGAAGAGUCGGAGCCACACCUUCAGCCAUCACAUCCUCAUGGAAUUCCAGACAUGGAUGAAGGAGAAUCCUCAGGUGACCCUGAGUUCACUCUCACAGCAGCAAGCACUGGAGCUCCAGCAUCAUGCUCUGAGCUUACUAACAGAUACCCACCCCAGCUUUGUAGAGAGCCUCAUAAACAUCUACCAUCUCAGCUCCCUGGACCCAGCCAUACUUCGACUGCACAUUGUGAAGUUGCAGGCCCUUAACUGCUACAAAGAGGCAGCAGUGCUCUGCAUAAAACUUAAGUUACAGCAGGAACUGAAUAUGGAGGAGAUGUGUGUACCGCUAAUCUUACAAGAUAAAAUGCCAUUGGCAGAGUCCUUUGUCACAGGCCACAAUCAUCUAGAACAACGACUCAUCACACUGCUAGACUCCUGGUGCCACCCCAGCUUCAAUGUAGACGAGAUAACCAAGCGGUUCCCUUGCCUCUCUCUGUCCAAACACUGCAUGGGCCAGCUCCAGCCCAAAAUGCUCACCAAACACAUCUUACGACUCGUGGAGAAAUUCAACAUCGACCAAGGACUGUGUCCCAAUGCUCUUCACAAGAGGAGACUAGACUCUUUGCGUUUCCUCAUGUACAAGAGGUUUGUGGAGAAAAGCAUGACAGGGGAGAACUGGAGUGACCAUGUACAGUAUGUAGUGGCAGAUGACCUUAAGCUGCAGAUUAAGUUGGUGGAGAUGUUGGUGAAGUACUGUGGUCUCCAGAAAGCCUCUCAAUGGUCACUGAGGUACAACAUCCCCAGAAAUCGACUUCCGUGUGGGGUAUGGGAAACGCAGCAGAGUCUACCACCCGAUCUACAAGAGAUAGGUCUGAGUGAUUCAGCACAAACUGAGGAGUGGGUCCAAUCUCAGUCUCACUGUCAGAAGUUCUACCAGGUGCCACUCACCAAAGACAAGGUUCAAUUUGUGGACACGGCAGAAGCUCUCAAGAAAUGUCGAAACAUUGUGUUGAAGGAAGGUGGAGUAGUAGGAAUUGACAUGGAGUGGCAGCCUACAUUUGGCUGCAUUUCAGUUCAGCAAGUUGCCCUGAUACAGCUUGCAGUUUUUGACCAGGUUUUCUUAUUGGACCUCUGUGCAAACUCAUUCUGUCAACACCCAGAUACUAUUAGUUUCAUCAGGAGCUUGUUCUCUGAAAGAAAUGUCCUUAAACUGGGUUAUGGUAUGACAGGGGAUCUCAAGUGUCUCUUGGCCACCUGGCACCAGUUUUUAGAGGAGCCACUUAAGAUGGAAGGGGUGCUUGAUCUUCUUAGUAUACACCAAAAGAUCCAGAGGUGUAAGGUCAACAGGACUCAAAAUGGCCCUAAAGAGGUGCUGGUUGGAGAAAACUCUGCAGAGAAAGGCCUCAGUCUACUGGUACAGCAGGUUCUGGGAAGGCCCCUGGACAAGACAGAGCAGAUGUCCAACUGGGAGAAACGUCCAUUGCGCAUCAGCCAAAUUAGAUAUGCAGUGGCAGAUGCUUACUGUUUGCUGGACGUGUACUCUGUCCUCUCCAGCAACCCAGCAUACUUUGGGCUACCAGCUGACCUGCACAGCAUGUCUUCAAGUCAGUCAGAAAGGAGUGGAGACAAGAAGCAGAAGGAGAAACAGGCCAAGCAGAAGAAACAGGCUCUUGGCAAAGAGGAAUGUCAGGGGGCUCAAAGGGUCAGUCCCCCUCACCCUGACACAGAGAAAGGCCUCCUGUGUGGCGAGAAGCCUUCAGAAGAUUCCCCCCCUCUGCCACCCCAGCAGUUGCGGGUGGUGUGUGACAACAUGCUACAGGGACUUGGGAGGUACUUGCGCUGUUUAGGAGUCGAUGUGAUCAUGUUGGAGAACACUGAUGAUCACAGAGUAGCAGCAAAGUUAGCACAAGCUGAAGCCCGUGUCAUACUCACAUGUGGACAACCGUUCCAAAGUUUACGUUCGCAGGUGGGUGAGGGUCGCUGUCUGGCCCUAGACUGUUCAGAAAAGGCCAGAGACCAGGCUGUUCGAGUCCUCAAACACUUCAAUGUCCAGCCUACUCCCAGCGAUAUAUUCAGCCGCUGCCAGGUCACACAGAGAUUUUAGAGGCACAGGAAUGUAUGUCCACCGUGGAUACCCCAAGAGUGAAGGGGAGAUGAAGGAGGGCUUUGUGGGUACAUAUGUCCUUUUGUGCAAACUUGUAUAAUGUAUUACUGGCAAAAAAAAAAAAGAAAAAAGCACAGCAUGACUUAUUUUAUGAUUGAAAAUCUUGUGUUUUGUGUUUGAAGAUUGAAUCAGCAAAUUGGUCAUCAUCAUGUUAACUUCAAACUCAUGUCUGUUCUUAGGAAAACAGGUCUUUGCUAUUUGUAUAAAAGCCCCUCUACACAGGGACAUUGUAAAAUAGCAAAGGCUCUGGUAUGUGUUAUUGGUCCAUG